AUGACUGAUCGUGAAAAGCAUUCGAUUCUUAUGGUCUCCGAUUUUUUCUACCCCAACUUCGGUGGCGUCGAGAAUCACAUCUAUUACCUCUCUCAAUGCUUGCUCAAACUAGGCCACAAGGUGGUGGUUGUAACUCAUGCUUAUGGAAGGCGGUCGGGGGUUCGAUACAUGACAGGUGGUUUGAAAGUGUACUAUGUUCCAUGGAGGCCAUUCUUUAAUCAGAAUACAUUUCCAACUUUAUAUGGGACACUGCCCAUUAUAAGGACUAUUCUUAUUCGAGAAAGAAUUAACAUUGUGCAUGGACAUCAAACCUUUUCCACACUUUCUCAUGAGGCUCUUAUGCAUGCAAGAAUCAUGGGAUACAAGUUUACCUUGGCGGAUGUCAGUCAAGCUAUAUGUGUUUCUCAUACAAGCAAGGAGAACACGGUUUUGAGAUCUGGUUUGGUGCCCCACAAGGUUUUUGUAAUACCUAAUGCUGUUGAUACUGCUGUCUUUAAGCCAGCUUUCCACCGUCCUAGCCCAUUGGAGAUUGUCAUUGUUGUUAUCAGUCGAUUGGUUUACCGUAAAGGAGCCGACUUGCUUGUUGAAGUCAUUCCAGAAGUGUGCCGAUUGAAUCCUAAUGUUCGUUUCAUUAUUGGAGGUGAUGGGCCUAAGCGUGUACGGUUGGAAGAGAUGAGAGAAAAGAAUUCUCUUCAAGAUCGAGUUGAUUUCUUGGGAGCUGUACCACAUACACAAGUUCGGUCUGUUCUAAUAUCUGGGCAUAUUUUCUUAAACAGUUCCUUAACCGAAGCUUUUUGCAUAGCCAUAUUAGAGGCGGCUAGUUGUGGAUUGUUAACUGUCAGCACGCGCGUCGGAGGUGUUCCUGAGGUUGUACCAGAUGACAUGAUUGUUUUGGCAGAACCUGAUCCAAGUGAUAUGGUGCGCGCAAUCCAAAGGGCGAUAACUAUGCUGCCUAAAAUUGAUCCUCAAGUCAUGCACAACCGAAUGAGGGAACUCUAUAGCUGGCAUGAUGUUGCCAAAAGGACCGAAAUUGUAUAUGACCGUGCAUUGAAGUGUUCCGAUCAAAACCUACUCGAACGUCUCCCACGAUACCUCUCUUGUGGAGCAUGGGCAGGGAAGAUCUUUUGCUUGGUUAUGAUCUUCAAUUUUUUGCUAUGGCAUCUACUGGAACUAUGGCAGCCUGCAGAUGGAAUCGAGAAGGCGCCCAAUGUUAUUCUCUCGCGCGACUACAAUGGAUUAGAGGAAUGUUGCAGAAAACACAACAAUGCAGAAACUCACAAGAACAGUAGAGAUAGUAAUAGUAAUAUUUCAUAG